CAGGAUUUAACAGAGGUCAAAUACCAGAAAAGGUCACAUUAUCCGGUUACGACCUGGUUACACGUUUGAUUGACGUAUUGAAGCCACACCCAUGCUUUAAAUCCACCUGCGCUUUCAGAAACUUACUCUACUGAAGCGCACAGGGAUCCGAGCACUGUCUGGACACAAAUAAUAGCGGAUAAACCUUCUGUUUAAGCUAUCUGGACCACCCAGCUCAAGAAAAACGGCUGCGUUUAACGAAAGCUUUGUUCUGCAUUUAAGCCCUCCAGGUCAAUAGGACAGCAAAGAUGAUGCAAAUCUGCGACUCCUACAACCAAAAAAACUCUCUCUUCAAUGCCAUGAACCGGUUUAUCGGCGCCGUGAACAACAUGGACCAGACGGUCAUGGUGCCAAGUUUGCUGAGGGACGUCCCGUUGGAUCAGGAAGAGGAGAAAGAGGUAACCUCUUUCCAGGAUGGAGACAUGUAUGGCUCUUAUGUGCUCCUCAAAUCAAUCAGGAAUGAUAUUGAAUGGGGUGUACUUCAAGCCGAAGAGAGGCGUAAGGAGAAACAUGGCGUGACGACGACAUCCCUGGAGGUGUCUCGCAUCGAACCAAACGAUAAGGACUUGGAAAAGCUGUUUCAUUAUCAUCUAAGCGGACUACACACAGUACUGGCGAAGCUCACUAGAAAAGCGAACACUUUAACAAACAGGUACAAACAAGAAAUUGGAAUUGGUGGCUGUGGGAAUUGAGACGAACUGAAGUUUACAACGCCGUUGGACCGCAAAAAAAAAAAAAAAAAA